AUGGAUUUUCUAUUAAGUGAUAGCGAAGAACUUGAUGAUGACAUGUUGAUUCUUUGCAGCGACUUAAAGAUACAAGUACCAACAAAAAAACAGAAGAUAUUACCGGUAACAUUGACUGACUUAGAAAAUAUCGAUAUUAAUAACUUACCAAUAGAAAUAGUUUCCGAGCCUCCAUCUCCGCCUUUGCUGGGUCUAUUGAGCACUCAAAACAUUCAGGAUACCAUACCUCUUUCGUCUGAACAAGUUACCAUAGUACAUUUGCAGCCAAGAGAAGAAUUGCAGCCUUUGUCUUCGUCUGUUGAGGUUUCACCGCCAUUAGAAGCGACACAACCACCUGAAAAUGACAUUGAAGAGACAUUCUUACCUUCAGUUCCAUCUACCUGUUUAAAUGAAGAAGUACAGCCGCUUUCCACGACUGCUGGAAAUUCACCGUCGCUAUUGGAGCAACUACCGUCUGACAGUGAGAUCGAAGAUAUAAAUUCUAAUAGAAAAAGGAAAUCGAAGGGAUUCGCACAACCUAAAAAAUGGAAUAAAAACACAACAAAACUGAAGCGUAUGCAAGGUGAAGAAUAUGUGGGGUACCGUAGGGACAGGAAAGUUUCAGGGCAAGAGAAAUUUAAUGUACUUCAUGAUGUGCCACGUCCAGCACGUUCAAUUGGUUCACGUUGCACUUCCACAUUUUGCUCGAAGUCUAAGUUACGUGGCUGUUUUAGCUUGUCUGACAUCGAAAGAGAGAACAUUUUUGGCAAGUUCUGGAAAAGCAUGACUUGGGAGCAACGGAAACAGUACGUUGUAUCUCACGUCUCCGUUUGUGAAAAAAAGCAAGUAAAAGUAAAAUCUAAUUCUCGUAGAAGAGAGAGUAAACAGUACUUUCUCAGUACAUCAGAGGGACGUACCCAAGUUUGUCUGAAGACUUUUUUGAACACUCUGGGUUUGAAAGAGUCGACUAUAAGAUACUGGAUCGAUAGAUCUGAACAUGGCAUUGCUAAAAUAACACCACGACCAAACGACAACAAUGAUGAACGCGUUAUUAAGAAAGAAGACAUGACAUUCCUCAAACAGUUCUUCGCUUCGUUACCAAAAAUGCCCUCGCACUAUUGCAGGGCAUCUACAUCGAAACAGUAUUUAGAGCCGAUUGUUGAAAACAAGAACUGUCUUUUUAGGUUGUACAUCCAAGAGUGCGAAAAAGAGUCGAAAAGUCCACUUAGUCGCUGGACUAUGUGCAAAGUUUUUGACGAGUUGAAUCUAAGCCUGUUCUCGCCUAAAAAAGAUCAGUGCGCUACUUGCUGUUCGUACAAGGUAGGCAACAUAGCAGAGGAAGAAUAUCGAUCACAUAUUAAGAAAAAAGACAUGGCAAGAAGCGAGAAAGUGAAAGAUAAAGAGAGGAAGCUCGUCAAUUGGAUGACGUACAUGUUUUUACACAAGAUUUACAGGCCGUAA